AGGCCUUCUGGCGACCCGCUCCUACUCCGGCCUAGGUAUUGCUGGUCGCAGUCAAUCUAUCUGGCUGCGUGCCUGUCAGCUGGUCUCGUCGAACAAAGAGGGUCCCAUUAAUAGAAGUCCAUUUAGGUAGCUAGAAUGCCACCUUCGUCGUCGUCGCCACCCCCAAUCCUCGCCAUUACGGCCACUUAUCUACACCUGCUGGCCCAACACCUCCCCCGGCCCAUCUACGAAGUCCUUCAAAAGCUUCACAAUCACAUUGCGCGCUUCUUCGCCGCCGUCGCAUCCUCUGCUAUCGUCGUUCGCAUACACUCGUUUAUCCCUGCAAAGAUGCAUCGCCCGCUGGGCUUUUCGGCCUUUCUGGUCACGUUAUUCUUGAUAUUCGGACUACCCGUCAUCCUCGCCCAGAGCGAGCCGUUCCACUGUUAUCCGUACCCGCCCGCCGACAAGCUCGCCAGCCCCUUCAUCACCCUGCAGCCGCACUGCUGUAAGGGCUCAAUCGACAACAAGCUGAGAGUAGGCACCGACUGCGAAUUGGCCAACGGAGGCAAAUACAAGACAAAGUUUGGACAGGAUCUGGGAACUUGCGCGACGGGCUGGGUGGACGCGUGCUGCAUGCGACUGCAUUACCCGCCCGAAAUUGCCCGACCAGAAAUGUCCUACUGCGAUGCAGGCUUUCUUGUCAAGGCCGAAGCCAAGAAUAUCAUCGAUGCCCGCAGCUGGAACCCGGAGAAAUACGGAAUUUGAUGAUGGAAAAGUGAGGAUUGGAACGACGAUUACAUGAACAUGGCCACGAUACGGCGAGCUUUGCUCGAUGACACUCAGCGACGGCAGGGUCAGGCUAAACGAGUGAAAUAUGGGACACCUCCACGGCCGAUGAUGCCCCAGGAUAUCCGACGUGGGGCGAGAGAUCGAGCGAGACCCAGCGAAACCCCAGCGGCUCCAGCGAGUCAUGGAAUCUCCACCGCCGCAACGAUCCGAGUGAAGAGCGUAUCAGCCAGGAGAGCAGGAGCACUCAGAGGCCGCCCUGCCCUGCCUGGGAGGGAGGAAACACACUACUACCUAACGACUGGCGAAACACAGGCAUUUUGGCGUUCUGCGGGCGACGACUGCAUUAUGAUGGCACGAUUGCGACGGUCGCCAUUGUUCGAAACAACUUAGGGCUUCCGCAUUAUAUACCCAGGGUAACUGAUUUUCGUUACCUACCAUUUGCAUCCUAUCUUGUACAAAAGCAGUCAGGAUUUUUAGACGAGGGGCCGGAAGAGGGGGCCGAGAAGAAACGAAACACAGAUGAUUGACUGCCGGAGGCCGUGUGUCACCAUGGUCUGGUCAAGUUCACCUUACUUAUGUAUACCUAGUCUGUGUGUGUAUUAUUAGGAGUGUCUCAUGGUUGUCAGUCAAUCCGAUCUCCACCCUUUCGGAAUGGUUUGGUCCUCGUCAGUUCUCAUCGGACCUGAUCAUCGCCCAGUCUGCCCAGUAUCUAGGUGUUUUGCUGCCUAUCCUUUCUGAUGGAGAUGGGCACGAAGGCCAUGGCGUGAGAAGCUGAGCAGAGUUCAAUAUGUGACGACGAGUCAGCAAUGCGGUGUCGUCUUGUUGUCGUCCAACUACGGGGCGUCAAAGCCUUUGGGAAAUGGCCUGACCGUCAUAGUUGUUCACGCCCGACCGAACUAUCAAGUGGCGAUGGUGUCGGGUUCGGUAUGCACGUGUCACCCCGCGGGGUAGGUAGGCACUGGGACGAGUGGCGAGCGGUUCUAUCGGCUGCGACGGUCCGCCCUGUGAGAAGAAAAAGGUUUGGACCAGUGCAGCAGACUGGCGAACUCCUGUAGGUGGUCCAUGUUUUUGGGGGGUUCGAGACUUGGAUUGAAGAGAUCCCAUCGGGCAGAUUACUCGGGACUUGGGACCCAGGCGAGGCAUGGCAGCGAAGAUGGCGAACUCUGCCCGUGGGAUACGCGGAUCAACGAGGGAGCCGAUGACAUGACUUGAUAUUCCGACUGGUUGGUUCGGGUGGCCAGCAAAAUUGCAAGAUCACGGGUGGGCAGGAUAACUCUCCUGAUUACAAUUCCCUUUUCUGCCUGGUGGGCGUUUGCAACAGUGCCAAAACUUGGGGAGAAGUUUAAGGGUAGCAGUGUAUGCGAUUCUUGUAGGAGCUAUAAAGCGAUACCGAAAACUCAGAGUUCAAUUGGAUGGGCUAUGGAGGUAGCUUAGGGAGAUGGUGAUGAUAGUAACCAUACGGAG